GCGAGGCUGGGCAUGGGAGAGCCACAGAAUGCCUUGUACAUAGAAAUGGGUGAAUGCACUGAACCUCCUUUGGGAUUUUUUUCAGUGAAUUCGCUGCAGUUUCAGCCGCACCCCAUUAGCAUUCCCUUGCCAGUCCUAUCCUAGCAAGCUCAGGAGCAGCACAUCGUUAGACAGACCAUGAGGAGUGUUCGCAGAGAGGCCAUUUCCAAGGUAUAAUCUUGAGUAUUCACGCUGAUCCUAAAGAGCGGCUCCCGCAGGUGCGGUGUCAUUCAGCGUGAAGCACACGGCUGGGGUUCAUGUUGAAAUCGUUACUGAUGACCAAUCGCAGGUGGCCCCCGCAAACGGAGAGAAGCCGUGGCCUCUCGACCAUGGGACAAUCCUGAAACUGAGCAUGAACAAAGCCAGCACCGAAGCCAAUGACAACAAGGUAACGGUGAACUAUUACGGCGAGAAUGGAGGGCCUCCCAUAGACCAAGCUGGCGUCUUCCUGACAGGCAUUGGGAUCUCUCUGGACGUUGAUGCAGAUCGCGAUGGAGUGGUCGAAAAGAACAACCCAAGGAAGGGAACAUGGACGUGGGGCCCAGACGGGCAAGGAGCCAUCCUGCUGGUGAACUGCGACAAGGACAACCCUUUUAUCUCUGGACUGGAUUGCGACGAUGAAAAAAUAUUCAGCAAAGAAGAUUUGCGGGACAUGUCUCGGAUGAUCUUGAGAACCGAAGGCCCCCAAAGGCUGCCUGCUGGGUAUGAAAUGGUUCUCUACAUUCCUAUGUCUGACUCUGACAAAGUAGGAGUCUUUUAUGUGGAGAAUCCUUUCUUUGGUCAGCGUUACAUCCAUGUUCUGGGUAGGAGAAAGCUGUAUCAUGUGGUGAAAUAUACAGGUGGAUCUGCAGAGCUGGAGUUCUUCGUGGAGGGUCUCCGCUUCCCGGAUGACACCUUCUCUGGGCUGGUCUCCAUCAACAUCAGCCUUCUAGAGUCAUUAACUGAGGGGAUUCCACGGGCUCCGAUUUUCACAGACACGGUAGUUUUCCGAGUUGCUCCGUGGAUAAUGACUCCAAACAUCUUGGCACCAGUGAACGUUUUUGUAUGCAGUGUGAAGGAUAAUUAUCUUUUCCUGAAGGAGGUGAAGAGCUUAGUGAGCAAAGCCAGUUGCGACCUGAAGGUGUGCUUUGGGUACGUGAAUCGUGGAGACCGUUGGAUGCAGGAUGAAAUUGAGUUUGGUUACAUACAUGCUCCUCACAAAUGCUUUCCUGUGGUUCUGGACUCUCCCAGAGAUGGGGGCCUGAAAGACUUUCCCAUCAAAGAGAUUCUGGGCCCAGACUUCGGCUAUGUGACCAGGGAUCCUCUGUUCGAGGCUGUCACCAGUCUCGACUCCUUCGGCAACCUGGAAGUCAGCCCUCCGGUGACCGUCAACGGGAAGGCAUAUCCCCUGGGGAGGAUCCUCAUUGGAAGCAGCUUCCCCACAUCUGCUGGGAGGAGGAUGACCAAGGUGGUGAGAGAGUUCCUCUAUGCUCAGCAAGUCCAGUCGCCCGUGGAGCUCUACUCUGAUUGGCUGACCGUGGGACAUGUGGAUGAGUUUGUGACCUUUGUGCCCCUUCCUGACAAAAAGCAAUUCCGGAUGCUCAUGGCCAGCACGUCGGCCUGCUACAAGCUCUUCCGAGAGAAGCAGAAGGAGGGCCAUGGAGAAGCCACCAUGUUCAAAGGUUAUUCUGGGGCAGACACAAAACGGGUCACCAUUAACAAGGUCCUGUCCAAUGGGGUCAUGGUGCAGGAGAACCAAUACGUGCAGCGCUGCAUCGAUUGGAACAGAGACAUCCUCAAGAAAGAGCUGGGGCUGACUGAAAAAGACAUCAUAGACCUCCCGGCACUCUUCAAGAUAGACAAGAUGGGCAAAGCCAUGGCAUACUUCCCCAACAUGGUGAACAUGAUUGUCCUAUCUAGAGACCUGGGAAUCCCAAAGCCAUUCGGGCCAAUCAUCGAGGGAGAUUGCUGCUUGGAAGCACAUGUCCGCUCUUUGCUGGAGCCACUCGGGUUGAUGUGCAGCUUCAUCGAUGACAUUUCCUCCUACCAUAAGAUGCUGGGAGAGGUCCACUGCGGUACCAAUGUCCAUCGCAAGCCCUUCUCCUUCAAGUGGUGGCAUGUGAUUCCCUAGCUGCCGAGCAGGUGGAGAUUCCUGCAGUCAAAGUUCACGUGGGCACUGCUUUUUUUGUUGGUUGGUUGGUUGGUUGUUUGCUUGAGCUUGGUCGAGUUAAUCGCUAAAACUUUGGUAUGGAGUCUCGGUGCAUUGCUUUGGCACCUCUGUGUGACAUGUUUCACCCAUUAGAUGGGAAGGUCCUCCAGCCACACGCCAUUCUGGUUUGCAUGCUGCAGGUCCUGGCCCAUUCCAUCCUGGGUUUUUUCAAGCCCUUGGAGGUUAUGGCAGCUGGAGGUUGAACUGAUCAGGGGCAUUAUACCAAAAAAAGAUUGAUAGAAACUAUGGUAGCAAAAGCCAUCUUCUGCUGAGUUUUGAUGGCAAUAGUUUGUAAUCAGGAUAAUUAAAUGGAAAAAGUG